AUGGCCUCUAACGACGAGGUUGAGGCAAUCGCCUCUGACCCAAACUUCGAGAUCAUCACAACCUUUGCCUACUCGGCAGGUCUCCCCCAGAACGAGGCAUCUCUGCCGGGGUCACACUGCUACCUGCUUCAGCACGGGAUCGAUCGUCUCCAAGCUGCGGCGUCUGAUCUUUCAUGGGCCGCCGUGACUGAGGACUUGCGUAGCAUCGACCGUGUACAAUCAUUGUCCAAGCAGGUCAGCGCUCACAUGCUUUCAACCCACGGCGAAGCAUCCAAGGACCCGGGCAGACGCUUCAUCGUGCGCUUGGCGUUCAAGAGAGACGGGAUUCUCAGCAUCAUGUCGGGCCCGAGGCCCACCUCAACGGAUUCCCUUUACCCAAGAACCUUGUCGAACAUCACGGACUCUCUCAGUACUUCAGAAAUCCCUGUGUACCUGGACAUGGAGCCGACAAAGCCUUCACUGUUCACCAAGCACAAAACAACGCAUCGCCAGUCUUACAGCGCCGCUUGGAAACGUGCGGGUAUAGACGAGGCGACGUCGCCUGCUGAAUGUGACGUGCUGUUACAGAAUGACAAUGGUCAUAUCAUGGGAGCCGCGUUUAGGACGGUGUACUUUUGGAGGGAUGGUAGAUUGGUGACUCCGAGUAGUGUGACUGGAUGCAAGAUGGGCGUCUCGAGAAGAUGGGCAGUGGAAAAUGCGGGCGUGAAGGAAACAUUGAUCACAGCUAUGGACAUCGGCGAUGGCGAGGUGGUUUGGUUGAGUUCGGCUGUAGGGGGCUUCAUACAGGGAAAGGUCACUCUGGAAAGAAAGACUCGAGAUGAAUAA